UCAUAUACACAUUUGAGUUGUGUAUGUGGGAUUUACGUUGAAGUUAUACUUGUAUAUAGUACGUGAGAAAGCAUGAGUAAUCUAAAGCGUAAACUUGAGGGUGAAGUUGAGAUUCGAGAAACUGGUGCAGAUGCCCAGCAUGACAUAUUCAAGAAUAAAAUUCAUCAUGUUUCCAAUGUUGCCCCUCAUUUUGUGCACGGCGUUGACUUGCACGAGGGUGACCAUGGUAAUAUUGGCUCUAUACAUGCCUGGAACUAUACUUUAGGUGGGAAGCCUAUGGUAGCAAAGAGUGUACUCGAAGAGAUUGACGAGGAGAAGAAGCUGAUCCGAUACCGAGCUAUUGAAGGUGAUGUAUUGAAUGAGUACAAGACCAUGGUUGCAACAUGCCAGGUGAAACCUAAGGAUAAGGAAAGGUGCAUAGUGAGGUGGAGUUUAGAGUAUGAGAAGAAGCAUCCUGGUGUCCCUGAACCAACCGAUUUGCUCGAUGCCUGGCUUGCUGCUUCUAAGGAUAUCGAUGAUCAUCACCAUGGAAAAAACUGAACAAUAGGCUCUCAAGUUAAAGCCAAUAACUUCGAACUACAUGUAACAAUGGUAAUGAAUUUGUGUGUGAAGUACGAAAAAUAUAAUGUAAUAAGAUGCCCACGUUUACGUUUACGUUUACGUGAACCACUUCUAGCAUGUGUUAUUUAUUAAUGAAAAUGUUAUGUACGGGUCUCUUAAAGGUAAUUGAUGAUAAUUAAUGAAAAAUGGUAAGCAAUUUUUUUUUGGGUGUUUUAAA